AUGGAGAUUGCUCCUGCAAUUGUACUGGUGGUUGAUUUUGGUGGGUGGUACAAACUGGAUUCAAAAUCUGGAGGCAGCAACUCUUCUCAUAUGAUACAGCACACUCAAGUGUCAUUGCUCAAAGAUGUCAUUAUGCCUUACACACAUUUUCUCCUUACCCUGCACCUGUCAAAAAAUAUGGAUCGCCCCACUCUUCUGUACUUCAAGGGAGCCAAACACAGGCAUCGGGUUCGUAUUAUUUAUCAUAAAGCCAAGCUCCUGAUUUAUGCAUUAUAUUUGGAAAGAACUCCCGAGGGUGGUUUGGUGCGUGAAAAAUUGUGGGACUUGAUGGCUAAUGAGCCUGAUGUUGUCAUGGAGGAAGGUUUUCCUAAUGCCAGAGGACGUGAACAAUCAAUAAAAGGGAUGCGGACAUCAGAACUCUGCUUGCACCGAGCUGGUGACACCCCAAGUUCAUGUCGUCUAUUUGACGUUGUUGCAAGUCUUUGCAUACCAGUCAUUGUCAGCGAUGACAUUGAGCUUCCUUUCAAAGGGAUGAUUGACUACACAAAGUUCUCCAUUUUUGUGUCAGUCGGUAACACAAUGAGACCCAAAUGGCUAACAAACUACCUAAGGAAUAUCUCCAAGCAGCAGAAGGAUGAUUUGAGAAGAAACGUGGCCCGAGUCCAUCACAUCUUUAAGUACGAAAAUAAUCAGCACGAUAGCUGGGACUCCGCCCCAGAAAAUGGUGCUGUGAACCAUAUAUGGAAGAAGAUUCAUCAGAAGUUGCCGAUGAUUCAAGAAGCAGUCACCCGGGAGAAGCAGAAGCCAGAAGGCGCAUCGUUCCCACUUCGGUGCCAUUGUACAUAA